UUAAACAUCUGGCCAGAUAUAUAAAUGUUGGAUUAGGCACAACAAGAUACAUCCGGUCAAAGACAUGGGGCGACUGACCACACUCGCAGUACUUGCUUUAAUAGCGUCGACUGCGGCGGCGCCGGCGCCACAGUUCCUGGAAUACUUCUUGCCGAAUCCUUUCACACCGUGUUCCGAGCCAUGCUACGAGCCGUGCUACGAACCGUGCUACAAGCCGUGUGAGCCGGAGCCGACGCCCUGCCUCGAGCCCAUACCGCCCUGUCCCUGUCCGGAACCCAUCCCGCCAUGCCCCGAGCCUAACAUACCCCGCUGCCCCCUGCCGUGUCCCCCGCAACCCUGGGACCGCUCCUCACCGCCAACUCCCUGCGGCAAUGGACCUAUUGGUGUGACUAUACCGAAAUCGAACAUUGGCGAUAAAUUACGCGCGGCGGGAUUCCAGGCUGUUCAGGUACCCGGAGGUACAUUUUAUAUACAGCAUCUGCCGCCGUCAAUGAUCCAGCCACCGCCGAUUCUAGUACGACCAAACCCGCUCAGUCCGAUCACGCCGCCUUUCAUCGUGGUGCAGCCGCCGCAGCAGCCGCCGGUCGUGCCCCCCCAGAUAGGCGUGAGACCGGAACCGCUACCGCCCAUCACGCCGCCGCCUAUCGUCGUGCGCCCACCUCGGCCCUGCCCCAUCCAGCCUGAAUCGAUAGUCGUGCGCCCUCCGCGACCGGGUCCAAUCCAGCCCCCAGCGGUCACUGUGACGCAGCCGCAGCCGUCUCCUAUCAACCUGCCGCCUAUCAUUGUGCGUCAGCCGACACAGCCGACUGUGCAGCUGCCGACAAUCACUAUCCCCACGUCGGCUAUCCUUAGGAGCCCACCAUGUGCCCCCUGCACGCCCACGCCCUGCAUCCCGGAGCCCUGCCCUCCUUGCCCGGGACCAUGCCCAUACUGCAUCAGUGGUUAAUGUCCAUAAAUCGUCCUGCUGUACAUACUUACAUAAGUUCAUAUACAUCAAAUAGCACUUAUAUAAAGCUGUAUUUAUGUGCUAGAUUAUUAUGUAAUUAUGUACCAGUACAUUUCCUAGGAUCUCUAACGCGACUUUCAGCAAGUUAAAGGACUUGAUUAUUUUAAACGCCUGCACGAGAUUUCGACUGUAUUUGUACGUUUGCAA